AUGAAAUCAAUUAUUGUCCUCUCCUUCUCUCUUUUCAUCUUGAAAGUUUCUGGAAUUUGUAUUAAUUCUACGCAUUUAGAGAUUAACGGGCGGUGAGUUUCGAAGUUUUUUAGUUUUUCAAAAAUAUAUCAUCAGUUACAGAUGUCUGCAAUUCAACAACGAUGUGUAUUUAGAUUGGGAAGGUGCACGGCGUGUAUGUCAUGAUCAAGGAUUCUCUUUGGCAAGCAUACAAAGUUCCUGGGAAUCUGAACAAAUCGCAGAUUAUGUUCGACGGCAAGCAAAUGGAACAAGUUCAACAUUUUAUUGGUUCGGGUUACAUUAUCAAAAUUCCACGUGGAUCAAUGACGAUGGAACUUUUGUAAACUAUUUCAAUUGGUCGCCAGAUUUUCCUGAUCAAUAUCCAUACGUACUUGCGUAUAUCACUGAUGGAAAAUGGAUUACCAUUGAUUCAUCAGCUGAAGAAGCUUUCCUGUGUUCGUAUUCUGGUUUUUUGGAUGAUACCACAACUCCUGGAUCAACAACUAGUGGAAAGUUAACAACGAUUUCAAGAUCUCCCACAGUUUGUCAACCGGAUGAUGUGAAGUUGAAUAAGCGGUGCUAUAGCUUUAUUGAAAAUGAAUUGUCUCAAAAAGAAGCAAAAGCUGAAUGUGCAAAGAUUGGAAAAACAUUGGCAGUGUUUGAUACUUUAAGCCAAAUGAAUUUUAUAACUUGUGAGUUACUGAAAUUCGGAGAAUGGGUCUUAGAGUUUACUUAACCCAAAGUAAAACCUAUCGACACGAUUUUUCUAGCCUAUGCCCAAUCUCAAUUUGAAACCACAGUCGGAAGUUUCUGGAUUGGCCUAGAACGCUCAAGUUCAUCUUCACCAUUUUAUUGGCAGAAUGAGGGAGUCGUAAUUAUUACAAAUUGGUUCCCCGGUUAUCCACGGUCAGCUGAUUGUUGGACAAGAUCUUUCGAAUGGAAAAUGGAAAACUUUUGA